UACAACUUUUGUAACAUCUGGUGUUAAAGUGUUGCCAGUUUUCCAUAAGCUUUGACAAAUCUGGCAACUUUUUUGUUGUCAGUGUCAGUAUAACAUUAUUUGACAUUUUAUUUUAUCACAGUCAAGUUCUCGAAAAAUACAUACUUUUCUAUUAUUUUCUCGAUUAGUCAAUUGUCUUAUUAUUGUUUAUUAUUGUAACUGUAAAACUGGCUGCGUUUGGGUCUGAUAUUGGUCAAACAAUGGAAGUGGACGUGUAUUCACUGUCUGAAGGCUCUCGCCUACCGCUAAUUGACGAAACGUCGGCUUUAGGCACAACAGCACCAAAAGACAGAUUGAUAUCCGUAUUAGACCAAGUGGAGAUGAGAGUGGAGCGACUCAGACGGGACACAGUGCGUAUUGAAGAAGAAAAAGACUCCUUACUGUCAACCCUAGACAGCGUCAAACAUUCUGAAUUGCUCGGUGACAUAUCUGAAUGUGAUAAGGAAGAUAUAAUGCGUUAUGCCGACCGUAUCCUGGCUCGAGCUCUCACUGUGGAGGUGGCUGUGAGGACGGACAGGGACUCACAGCAGGAAGAAGCCUUGUCCCAGGUGAACAUGUUCAUAGACCAGCUUGUGAUGUCCGUACACGAGGACGCGGUGGUCGCCCACGCCCGUUGUCAGACGUACAUGAACGCGUGUACCUCGGCGCCAGACCACAGCGCCACCGACAGGAACUUCGAGACCGCCAUUCUGGGAUGCACGCUCGACGACCAGAAACGAGUCAAGAAACGCCUCCAGGGUCUGCUCGAUUACUUCGCUAAAUUGAACGUCAUCACGUACUCCUGAAUUAACGUGUAAAAUAGUCUAAGAGCCUUCACCGAUUGUCUUAUUGUAAGUGAAGGCUCUUCGACUAUUGAACGUUUACUUAACGGACGCGCCUAAUAUUACUUCAGUCCAGCAGUCAUCAAUCAUAUAUUAUGAGAUGGCGAGUGGACCAGACUUUCACUAGUGAUGCACCUAAAUAAGGAAUUAAUUGAGUUUUUGAGUGAUAUGUGAAUGUUGGUAGAUCUAGUGUUGCCAGUGUUUGCAUUUAUUGGGUUGAUUGUUUAAUGACACGCACAAUUAAAAUAGAAAGUUCCAUAUCUAGGGUGAAAAAUAAAUUUAUACGUUUAGAUUUUGAUAUAUAAAGACUUGAUGCUUCCAUUUGUCUGUCUCAUAAAAAACUUAGAAGAUUCUAGAUAGUUUUAGAUAUUUGCGUACACCUAGUAUGUCAUUCAUUGUAAUUUUUAUUUCUUAAUAUCUGUCACCGAAUAUGAAGCAUUUGUGAAGCGUAAGGCGCGUCUUUUACAGCUUAGGAAUAUAUGAAUAUAACAAUAAGGUUUUAUAGUAAGCUUGAGUUACACAAAGCUGUCGGCGUUGCUAAGUUACCGGCCUUGGUUAUUGUGAUUAUUAUAUGUUGACUUAUUAAAUACUGCCUGAGUAUGUCCUUGGGUUCGUGUUAUUUCUUUAAGUUGUUUAAAAAAGUUAGCUGUGAACAUUUUUAUUGGAAUGAAGAGGUUGGCUCUUAUUUGUCGGUAGUCUUAGACUUAUUGAUUUUUAUAGUAUGUAUGUCUAAUGUGGUGCUAUCGAAGUAUAAAUUUAAAAUUUAUAAGUUCAAGACAUUUUUUUUUUUAAUUUCGUAUAACCUGUUUUGGAAUUUUUCGUUUCUCUUUUUAUUAGAUCUUGUUAAACUAGAGGAUUUUAAUUCGUAAUUUUAAUAUAAUAUCGAAAUUAUAUAAUUGGAAAACAUUCAAUUUUUUUUUUUUAAAUAGAACUAAACUUUUUUCAUAUUAAUUAAUACUAAAUUUUUUCUUGUCAUUAUUUGGUUCUUGUUUUAUAUAGCUGUAACAAAUUAAGAAUUGGUGGUUUCAAAUUGGUCUGAUCUAGAUUGCUCAAAGCAUACACUGAAUUAUCGACCGAGCUGGUAUAGUUCUUAUCUAAUAAAUAUAUCUUAUUAAUUAAUAUUUAAAUAAAUUUAAAUAUCGAUAUAAAUUUUACUAGUGAUUGUUAUAUUAAUCGGUAAAUAUUCUCUUUAUCUGUGGAAGAAGUGGUUUCCUAAAGACAGUAACAACGCCACUGCCAUUGGAUACGAUUCAUGAACGACCGCGCUUUCACAUUCUGCUGGACGUCAUGUAAUAGCUUCGAUUAAUAAAUUUUAAUCGCUU